GAGGGCGUUGUCGAUGACCUUUGCGCAUGCGGAGCUGUACGAGCUGUACAAGGUUUGACCUUUUGUAUCUGGAUUCAAAAUGGUGAAUGUACCCAAGACACGCCGCACUUAUUGCAGGAAGUGCAAGGUGCACAAUCUAUUCAAAGUAACACAGUACAAGAAGGGUAGAGAAUCAUCAUUUGCCCAAGGUAGAAGAAGGUAUGAUCGUAAGCAGAGUGGAUAUGGUGGUCAAACUAAAGUAAUUUUCCGUAAGAAGGCUAAAACAACAAAAAAGAUUGUUCUGAGGUUGGAAUGUACCAACUGCAAGACUCGUAAACAGCUCACGAUAAAGAGGUGUAAACACUUUGAAUUAGGUGGUGACAAGAAGAGGAAGGGACAAAUGAUCCAGUUCUAAACAAGUCAAAAAUCCAACAGCUUACAUCUACAACUGAAGUUAUCAUAUUUUACCAUUAUAUGAACACUUGAAAUGGAAUGAUAAUAAACAUCGUGACUGUUUACAUU